AUGCAUUCUGGAAACAAAUCAAGUUCACAUCAUGGUUGUGAAUCAAAAAGUAAUUUGAAUACUCAUGGAUGUCAAGGAGAUUACGGAAAUAAUAACAUUCAUAGAGAAAAUCAACAUCAUAAUUUUGAAAGAAAUUACCAAGUUCAACAUAGUGAGUAUGAUUCACACCAACAAAGUAAUCAUCAUCAAAAUGAACACGGAAAUCAAUCUCAUCAUCGUGAUCAUCAUGCUCACCAUUGA